GGCGGUUCUGAGGAACAGAGCCGCUGCCUCCCACCGCCAGCUGGUCCUCCAUUGCCGCCACCGAGCCCUCACUGCCCGGAAAAUGCUCCGCUCAGCCCUCUCCAGAGCCUCCUGCCUCGCCCGGGCCUCCCUGCUGGAGACUGCCAGCAGGGUACCAGCAGCCACAGUGAGCCGUAAUGUGUCCAAACACAGCACUGAGACUGAUGCUGAGCUGGAUGCCCGGUACGAGGCUUACUUCUCCAGGAACGACAUUGAUGGCUGGGAGAUCCGCAAGGCCAUGAAUGACUUGUGUGGUAUGGACCUUGUACCUGAACCCAAGAUUAUCAUUGCUGCCUUGAAAGCCUGCCGUCGUGUGAAUGACUAUGCUCUGGCUGUUCGUUUCAUGGAAGCCGUCAAGGAGAAGUGUGGCAACAAACAGAAGGAGAUCUACCCAUACAUCCUGCAGGAGAUUGGGCCCACCCUGAAGGAGCUUGGUGUCAAUACUCCUGAAGAACUUGGCUAUGACAAGCCAGAGCUGGCUCUUGCUAGUGUAUAUGACUAAGUGAUUAACUGUCCCUUGUAUAUUUUUCUCCAAACUUACAAUUCAACCCAUUCAUGAAAUAGAGCAACGUGUUUAUUGUCUUGGUGUAAUUACUCGGUGUGGAAAUUUCCCCGUAUGUGUGGAAUUCUACAGAGUUUGUACAGAGUGAAGAUUCUCCAUAUAUAAAGUUAAUAAAUUAUGUACAGAUGGUAUGACUUGUG